GCAAAGGGGAGGUGCUCAGGGCCCCGGAGUGGAGACGAGUCAGGGAGAGAGAGGGGAAGAGGAAGUGUCUUGGUCCUGGCCAGAAAGGGUUUAGAGUGGGUGGGGACAGUCAGUGUCAGCUCUCUGGACUCGUAGAGACCGACAGGAUGGACUUCCUUCGGCAGCACCUCCCUGGGCUGCAUCAGGCCUUGAGGGGGGCACUGGAUUCACUCAGCACCUUUGUGGCCUACCUCAUAGGAGAUGAGGUCCCCACGGUACAGAGGGAGGCACAGGCUGCCCGUGAACUAGAGGAGGUGGCGACAGGAAAACCAGAGGAACCUCUAGAGGAGGAAGCAGGGGAGAUUGUAGAGCGUCUUAGAGGUAGCCCAGGUGAGGGGAAUGGAGGACUGGAAGGGUCUGGAAGGACGGGAACAUGCCAGGAGGGAAGCUCAGCCGAACAGACCUGGGGAUGGAGAGCAGGCACCUCCCAUGGGUCCCAAGCAGAAGGGCAGGAUACUGGCACCUGGGAGGUAGUCAAGGGCCAGGAGCCAAGUGACCCUUUGGAGGCUGAAGCAGGGUCUAAGACUCAACAAGACAGGAGCAGUGGAGCCCUGGAGAACAGCGAGGAAGCCAAUGAGCAGGAAGUGAGCAGAGGGGAGAUACUGAGAACCUGGGAACAGCAGCAGGAGGAGGAGGAGGAGGAAGAUAGCUGGGUGACAGGGCAAGGGAUGGCCAGAGGGGUGGAGUCACAGCCUGGGAAGCCUGAGCUGAGUAUGGAGAAGGUGGCAGGCAGUGGCAGGGAGACCGAGCAGGGAGACGAGGAAGCAGCUACCGAAACUAAAGGGCUUGGAGAGAAAGAGACUGCGAGGGAAGAAGUGGGGAUGGAGGUGGUGUGGGGUGGAGAGAGCUCAAGGGUAUUAGAGAGUACACAGGGCCCAGGGACAGAAUCUGAAGACUGGAUAGCCCCAGGUAAAGAGGAGGCUGGGAUGGCUUCAGGCAGGGAGGACACUGACUUCUUAGAAACAGACUAUGGACUCCGCUUUGGAAAAAGCAUUCCAGAAGCUAGUGAAAGAGUCUGGGUCCCCCAGAGAGAUCUGGAGGAGGAAGUAGAUGAGAGGGGAGAUAUGGAAAGAAGGCUUCUUUUCCUCACACAGACCCAGGUCUUCGGGCCUGAGGGAACUGAGGAAGCAGCAGAUGGACAGACAACAACAGAAAGAAAGACUGAAGGCCAGAAACAGGAGAAGGCAGGGGAUGGUUCUGAAGGGGAGGGUGACCUGUGUGGUAAAGAGACUGUGAGGAGCCUGGAUUUAACAGUCAGCGUUGACAAGGCCAGGCAGGGAGAGGUGGUACAGGCAGAGGAGACCCAGAGGGUGGAGGGGCAUUAUCAGGCCCCAGCUGCUAGACUGGCCCUGGACGAUGAAGUUGAAGAUCAAACAGAUGUAGAAGAAAUCCCAGAGGCCAGGCCUGAGGAGGAGCUCAUAGAUGAGAGGAAUGAGAAGGCUCACAUCAGCCAAAAAGCUCUAGAGGUGAAGGUCACUGAAUACCAGGAGCCUGAGCCAUGGGGAGGCACCCAGAUUCCAGCUGGGCAAGCUGAGGAAGCGCAGAAUGGUGAAGAUGAGCUUGAGAGAGACCCAAUCCACAGUGAAGAGUGGGGAGAAAGGGGGCUGGAGGCACACCCCCAGCACCUGGAACCUGAAGAUCCUGAGCUUCCUGAAGCAGAAACCUGGGAAAAUGGGAGGAGGAAAGGCACAGAGAGCAGAAAUGUCCAGGAGAAUAAAGAUGCUGAAGGUGGGGAGGAGGAGGCUGCAAGCCAAGCACUGGAGGCAGAGGCUGAGAUCCAGACACAUGGAACAGAAGAGGGCCAGGCCUCUGACACAGAGAACCAGGCAGUAGCAGAAAGCCAAAGGGCGGAGGCAGAGACAGGCCAGUCACUGGCAGAGUCAGAGGCUAGAAAGGGCAAGGCUGGUGAAGUGGAGGUCACAAUGCCAGGGGAGGCAGACAGUGGAGGCUGCAGGCUAGAGGAAGCAGUUUUGAGUCUUCAAGGCAGCCAGGACCCAGGGACCAGUUCUUGGGAUGCUGAGAUUGUGGGGGAUGAGGCUGGGGAAGGACCAGAAGAGGAGGCUGGUGUUUCUUGGGAGGAGGCAUCUGAGAGAGGCUGGGAGUCUGAAGGGCAGGAGAAAGUCAUAGAGGGAGAGAACCAAGGUGGGCAGGAGGUUGGCGCAGUGGGCUCAGCAGAAGAGCCAACUGGCCCAAGUAGCCAAGCAGAGGCUAGUGAGGCCGAGGAGAAAGAACAGGCCGAGGAGGGACGAUCCGCCAUGGAAGGAGGGAUUGGUGAGAUGGAUGACACUAGGUCAGGUUCCCAGGCAGCCAGAGCAGCGGGAGCUGAAGCCAUGGCACAGGGUGAGGGGCUUCUGGAAGACACUAAAGAAGGGCAAGUGAAGGAGCCAAGAGAAGGCAGCGAGGGGCAGCGUGGGGACCACCACCCUGAGGGAGAGGCAGAAAAGCUGCUAGGGGUGGAGGAUCACGUGACUGGAGACCAGACCCUGGAGGCCCAGGGGGCGGAGCCAGAAGCCCUGGAGGAUCACUUGACUGGAGACCAGACCCUGGAGGCCCAGGAGCCCCAGGGGCAGCUGCCACCACCCCAGAUCUCUGCAGAGGCCGUGUCUGCACCCUCGGAGACCACAGAAGCCGUGGAAAGUACCAGAGACGAUCCUGGCAACAGCUGGAGUGAGGCUCUGCUCCCUGGGACCCGCUUGGAUGUCUCCGUCCCACGGAGCCGUGUGCUCCUCUCAAGAAGCUCAUCCCAGAAGCGCUCGAGGCCCUCUUUCCGUCGGUCCCUUGUCCCUGAGCAGCAAGAGGACACUCCCUGUGCCCAGCCCCAGCAGGAACCAUCAGCUCCUGAACACAGACCUCUUCAGCUAGAGGAAGCCCCGGAGCCAAGCCCCCCCAAACCUGAAGGGACCCCAGUGCCAGCCAGGAGAAGGCCCACAGGACAUGGAUUUGGCAUGGCUCAUCCUGGCAUGAUGCAGGAACUACAAGCCCGACUGGCUAGGCCGAAACCCCAGUGAGCCAGACCCCCAGAGAGACUCCGAAGGUUCUACUGGGCUGUGCUCACCCCUGACUUCCUCUGCCUCAGUCUCUUAAUGUGUCAUUCACGGAACCAACAAAACCCAAACAUCUAUGGAAGACCUUGACUAUAAGAAACCUGAUUUUUCUUUUUCUUUUUUUGGCCGUCGUGGGGCCUGAACUCUGGGCCUGGGCGCUGUCCCUCAGCUCUUCAGCUCAAGGCGAGCGCUCUACCAAGGAACCUGAUUUUUCAAUGCUGGUGCAUUGUCCCACACACCCAAUUACUCCCACUGGGACUGAAGGACCCUAAGUGGAGAGUCCUUUUUUUUCAGAGGGAAACUUCACAAACUUCACAAACCCUCACCUGGACCCAGUGACAGGUCCACUUGUUGUGACGAACACCUCUCCAACCUGUUUCUUCCAGCAGGAAGACUGGGGGUUGGACACUAGUGUUCUACAGUUUUCCCUUUCUGGCCCUCAUACCCUACUACGCCCAGCUUCACAGAGCUGUGUAGAUAAUACUACUGGCAUAGAAGCCAGCCUAGAGGUGGAGGUUCAAAGGGCCUGGGGCCACCACUUGGAAUCAAAAGAGCAUGAGUUAGGGUAGCAGAAUAUCUGCCUUGAGUUUCUCCAAAAUGGCAGUGCAGCCCCAGAACUCUCCUGGUUACUCUGGCAACUGCCAGCUGAGCAGGCUGGGUUUGGAAUGGGGCAGGGGUUGUGGGUCAAGAAUCCCAAUAAAUGUAUGAGCCAAGAAGGGAUCAGGGUAGAGCCUGAAAUUGCCAACUCCAUCCUGGGCCAUCGGGUCCCAUGGGUGUCAGGUGCCCUCCUGCGUAAGGAAACAGAGAGGGCAAGGUUUGUUCACUUUUAAUUCAAGUACCCAGUAUGGCAGCCCCGCCUGAGGAUGAAGCAAUAAAUAAAUGAUUGUCUUCCCAAACAAUAAA